ACAACCGACAAGUCACGGGAGCCAGUCUUUUCAUAGACUUGCCGCCAAACCAGGCCUUCCGUCUGUUACUCUCUACUGAUGGUAAAGUUGCCAAUGCGUCCGUUAGAGAUGCCCAAUUUUGUAGACGAGGAACACUUGAUCCAGCAAAAGUGAGGGGCAAAAUAGUAGAAUGCUAUAGAGAAAAUAGCAUAAAAUCAGUGUCUGAGGGUGAGGAAGCUCUAAGAGCUGGUGCAAAGGGAAUCAUCGUGCGCAACCAAAAGAACCAGGGGAAUACAGUUCUUGCUGAGCCCCAGGUUUUCUCAGGUGUGAACACCGAAAGUGGAGAAGUAGGUGGAAGUCCAGAUUCAAGACAUGUCAUAACUGCCACGGGUCCCGUAACGCCUACUACCAGCACAAUAAGACUGUCUCCGGCUAAAACAGUCUAUGGAAGAAAGCCAGCUCCAGUUAUGGCUGCGUUCUCCUCAAGAGGGCCCAAUGAAAUUCAGCCAUCCAUACUUAAGCCUGAUGUGAGUGCACCUGGAGUGAGCAUACUGGCUGCCUAUUCUCUAUUUGCAAGUGUAUCUAACUUAUUGACAGACAAUCGUCGGGGAUUUCCAUUCAAUGUAAUGCAAGGAACUUCUAUGUCUUGCCCCCAUGUUGCUGGUAUUGCUGGACUUCUCAAAACUCGUCAUCCAAAUUGGAGUCCUGCAGCUAUUAAAUCAGCAAUUAUGACUACUGCAACCACACGGGACAACACUAACAGGCCGAUUCGAGAUGCAUCUGAUGAGAAGCUAGCAACACCCUUUGCUUAUGGUUCUGGACAUGUUCAACCCAAUCUUGCAAUAGAGCCAGGACUUGUUUACGAUCUACACCUCAAUGAUUAUCUGAACUUCUUAUGUGCAUCUGGAUACGAUCAACAACUCAUUUCAGCACUAAAUUUCGACAGAACAUUCACUUGUAAAGGAACUCACAGCAUAAAUGAUUUGAACUACCCUUCAAUCACGUUGCCAAAUUUAAGGUUGAGUCCAAUAACAGUUACUCGUACACUCACCAACGUAGGUCCCCCGGGCACAUAUAAUGCAACUGCCAAACUGGAUGGAUGCGAAAUUACUGUUGUGCCCAAUUCCCUCACUUUCAUUAAAUUAAAUGAACAGAAGACAUUCCAAGUUACUCUACAGGCAUCGAGUGUAAUUCAUCAAUAUAACUAUCAGUUCGGAGAAUUGCUAUGGACAGAUGGAAAACACACAGUUAGGAGUCCUAUUGUAGUCCAACGCCGCAACUGAAGUUAAAUAUAUAUCUUCUUUUCAAAUAGCUAGCUAGCUAGCAUGUGUUGUGUGCUAUACUGCUAUGUAAUAAUUUAGUACUGUAUGUACCUCAUGUAUCUGCUGUGCAGCCUUCUUGUACUGUUAUCUCUGAGUUUUCAGUCUAAAAGCUCAAAUUGAUUGUUAGUA